GAAGCAAAUGUUAGUUUUGAUUGUAUCAUAAUUGAAUGUCUAUAUAAAGCAAAUUUAAAAACCUUGCUUCGACUUGAGCCAGCUAUGAUUUUGACGUAUAUAUAGCAAUGGCGGAUUCUGUGUUUAUCAUGUAUUUUCUAUUAUUAUUGACAUUCGAACUAUGUCCAGGAGAAAAAGAGAGUUUUACUUUAGCAGAACAUAAUUUUUCAUCUGAGAAUGAUGAUUCUCAAAAACCAAUAGAUAUUACAGACCUCAAUGAUAGUUCUGCUGGAUAUCAACAUUUGAAGUGCUAUAUUUGUGAGGGACCAGAAUGUUUAUAUACUAAAACCUGUUAUAACGCAAUUACGUGUUGGAAAUCUAAAGUACGACAAUCAGAUGGUGCAGUAAGUAUAAGUAGAGGAUGUACUUCAUCAGUAGAUCAAAUGCUAUUGAUAUGCAAUAAGCAACAGCUUCUACAUGCUAAUCAAAAUGGUAAUAAUAAGAAAAGACAUGUUAGUGGAUCCAUAAGUGGUGUACAAUAUAAUGUAGAGUGUUGCCAAACAGAUUUUUGUAACGAUGGACCAUUUCCAAUAUUGCCAGAUUUCACUGGAGAUACUAUUAAAGAGGAUUAUACAGUUAAAUUAACAUUAGCAAUUUUGGGUUCGAUGGUUGGAUUUUGUAUUAUAGCUGGAGGAGUGUUAUUUUAUUUAUUGGUCUGUAGAACACGUAAAAAACGUCCUUUGACUGUAAAACGUAAUAAGCUCGUUACAGAGUCAGAACUGGAGUCAUCAUAUCUACAUUUCUCAUUUACUUCUCCUACAUCUGUUUCUACAAGUCCUGCUCAUGAACUUAAGGCAACUGCAGCUGGUGACAGCACAUUAAAGGAAUACUUGGAUGGAAGAAGUUUAACAAGUGGUUCAGGUUCCGGUUUACCAUUGUUGGUACAAAGAACGUUGGCUAAACAAGUGUCAUUAGUCGAAUGCCUUGGCAGUGGAGGCAACGGUGGAUUUGGUGGAGAAGUUUGGCGUGGCGUAUGGCACGGGGAAAAUGUUGCUGUAAAAAUAUAUUUUUCGCGAGACGAAGCAGCAUGGACUCGUGAAACAGAAGUUUAUUCCCAGUUACUGCCAUCGAGGCACGAUAAUAUUCUUGGCUACGUCGGCAGUGAUAUGACGAGCAGAGCGAGCUGCACUCAACUAUGGCUGGUAACACAUUAUCAUCCAAUGGGUUCUCUUUAUAAUUAUUUAAACAGGUCGCAUCAUUCUUUGGUGCAUCAUCAAUCUCUCAAUAUCUGCUUGAGUAUUGUGAACGGGUUGCUUUAUUUACACACCGAAAUUCAUGGAACUAGAGGAAAACCAGCUAUGGCACAUCGUAACUUGACGUCUAGAAACAUUCUUGUUAAGACCAAUGGAAGUUGUGUAAUUGCUGACUUUGCCUUAGCGGUGACUCAAGAUCGUUUAUCCGCGGAUAGAAUUGAUUUGAAACAAGGCACAAAACGAUACAUGUGUCCCGAGAUUCUAGAACAAACGAUAAAUCUGGAGUGUUUGGAAAACUUCAGACGAGCUGAUAUUUAUAGUCUAGGUCUAAUACUUUGGGAGGUUUGUCGAAGAUGUAUAAGUAAUGGUGUUGCACUUGAUUACAUGGCACCAUAUUCUGAGUGGGUUCCUAGCAAUCAAGAACCCUCCGUUGAAGAAAUGCGAAAAUUAGUGUGUUUGGAUCAUCGUAGACCACUGAUACCUAAUAGAUGGCACUCUGAUCCUACACUGGCUGGUCUGGGCAAAUUAAUGAAAGAAUGUUGGCAUGGAAAGUCAGCAGCCCGAUUACCUGUUCUUCGAGUGAAGAAAACACUUGUUAAGUUAGCAACUAAUGAUUCGCGUGUCCAUUUGUCCCUUGAUUAA